AUGGCACCAUCAACAAUGGCAACAUCCACUAUGGCAACAUCCACUAUGGUACCAUCAACAAUGGCAACAUCCACUAUGGCACCAUCAACAAUGACAACGUUCACUAUGGCACCAUCAACAAUGGCAACAUCCACUAUAGCACCAUCAACAAUGGCAACAUCCACUAUGGCACCAUCAACAAUGACAACAUUCACUAUGGUACCAUCAACAAUGGCAACAUCCACCAAGGUAUCAUCAACAAUGGCAUCAUCCACAGCGAUGCUAUCGACAAUGGCCUUAUCCACUACGGCAUCAUCUACGACGGUACUAUCCACAGCAAUGCUAUCGAGAAUGGCAACAUCUACCAUAGUACCAUCGACAAUGACAUCAUCCACGGCGAGAUUAUUGACAAUGGCAGCAUCCAUCACAGCACUGUCGACAAUGACACCGUUAACCACAGCAUCAUCUAUGGCGGUACCAUUCACAGUAGCACCAUCUACGAUGAUGCUAUCGACAAUGGCAACAUCCGCCAAGAUAGUAUCGACAAUUGCACCGUGCACUGCAGUGCCAUCGACAGUGGCAUCAUCCGUUAUGACACCAUCGACAAUUGCAUUAUCCAUGUUGGAAAUAUCAACUGCCACUUCCAUGACUUCAUUCAUCAUUGAAGGUAGAAUUGUUGUUGUAAAUAUCUCGCGAUUCUAG